AUGGAACAGCAGUUGGCUUGUGCUUCAGGCCAUAGUGCAGAAGUAAGAACCAUGUUCAAUCUACCUAUAAGAGACCCCAUGUUUCACGUUCCUGUAGAAACCAGUCAAGAUGUAAUAAUUUCGAACACUAGUCAAUAUAAUAUAUCUGGCUAUGCGAACCUCGGUAAUACAUGUUAUAUGAAUUCGGUACUGCAAGGACUAUUCGCAAAUACGUGGUUUAUCAAGGAUCUCACUAUUUGUUGCGAACAAGUAACUAGCAUCGACCAAUCUCUGACGUCUCAUAUUCAAUUGAGCUGUAUUAUUUCUAAACUUGCCAAUACUCAUGACAAAUCUAUGGAAGAACACAGAUUGGUUUUAUUACAACUAAUCAGAGGAAUGCUUAAUUUCGUGAAUCACGCAGAACAGGAUGCACAUGAAUUUUUGAUAGCGGUUUUGUGUGCAAUUAAAGAAGAGUGGGACAAUCUUCUAAAUGUAGUAGCUGCUGAAAUGAGUGACAAUGAACGAUUCAGUAAUAAUCCUAUCUGCCGUAAUUAUGGCUUUGUAAUUGAAUGUACAUUCAAAUGCAAGCGAUGUGGUUUGACUUCAGUUUGCCGUGAAAGCAAUUUUUUCAUCACAACGUCAUUCUCGCAAAAUAUAUCAGAUGAACAAGAAUCUGUAACAUUGCAAGAAUUGUUCGAUAAAUACUUGUGCAGUGAAUCUGUAGAAAAAAAGUGCGAAAAAUGCUCACAUUCAUUAGCAGAAAAGCAUCAGAAGUUCACGCGUAUACCGAAAUGCUUUAUUGUUUGUAACAAACGUUAUGCCUUCAGUACAGCUGGUGCGAGGAAAGUGAAAAUCGCGGUCGAUGUACAUAAUAACUAUAUAAGAUUAGAACAAAAAUUUAUCCAUCCGGAGGCUUGGAGUAUUUCAUUGGAGAAUGAAGAAAAUAUGUGGUAUCAAGAAAUUAGGAACAAGUUACUGCCGACUUAUGAGUUUUCAUCAAAUUUAUUAAAUCAAGAAACUGAAGAAAAGAGUCAACAACAGCAUGAUUCACAUUUGCCGUUGGCUGUCAGCGUGUCGAGUUUCGAUAACUUGGGUCCUGUUCCAGCUGAGUUAUUUUUAGAGGAGUCAAAUGAAAUAUUUGUACGUCGUGCGCCAGCUAUGACAGAUGCAUUGAAAUUUGAAAUAGACAACAAAGUGGUGGUAGAAUCUGUUAACCACAAGGAUAAGUCUGCUACUGAAAUCAAUCCAAAUUACAUAUAUACUCAGUUUGGAGAAAUUUAUGAGUCUUUCGAAGAUCAAUUUGCAGAACCGAUAGCUAUGGAAUUUUCGGACUGUGACGAAGGUCAGGAAUUUCAAACUUCUCAGGGCAUUGGAAAUUCUGCUGCUGCAAAUUGUGAAAAGUCAGAAAACCGCUCAGAUCCAGUCAAUGAAAUUGAGAUUAUAAUAUAUGAUGAGAGCUUAUUUGUACCGGACGCAUAUGGAAUAAAUAUAGAAGAAUACUGCCGUUCACUUAGAGCAAAUCGAUCAUCUGAUGAAACGGAAUUCGUUUGUUAUCUAAAAAAUCAUGAGGAAGUUCCAUAUAGACCAUUGAGCUGUUCAGCUCGUCAAUCAUUCUGUAUAAACGCUGGAAUAAAAUAUGUGGAGGACUGGAUGACUUCAAUUAACAACAGUACAUGUCGUCGUAAAUCAUAUGAUCUGAUUUCAUCUCAUAAAGGAGGAUUGUUUGCAGCAUUGUCAUAUUAUAUUUCUGGCAGCUCAGAUUCAUCCGCAGUAUUUGAAAAAGCUGUUGAAGCUGUCAAGACUGACUUUUGUUCACAACUUGAAAUGCUACCUAAAACAGAUAUUGAGCCUCUCCGAUAUUGCAAGUACUUACUGGCUGCGAAAAGAAUAACAGACUUGGAGCAGUUUUUGAUUGCGACAGUCUUGGAGGUCAAUAUCUGGAUUUAUUAUCGUAGAAAAUGGAAAUGUUUUGAACCUAUUACUGAAUUGCAGAAAUGUGGAGAUAACUACUUACCAAAUAUGAAAAUAUUUGCGCAAAAAGAUGAAGCCAUUUACUUAGUGCGCAGGUCAUCUAGUUAUGCUCCGUUCCACCCAACCGAGGAUGAAAUCGUAAGUAAAGUUAGGCUGUUAUAUUCUGACUCUCAAACUGAUGUUAUUGGCGUAUGCCAGAAUAGUGGUAACUUAAAUUCUGCGAGCAAUAUCUAUGUUUGCGAAAAUGAUGGUGACUCAAAAAUCGUCAGUAGUGCCAGAAGUCUGCUGCGCGAAGUGGAAGACAAAACUGCAAACCCAUCUUCGCAAACAGAUACCAGUUCACCAUCUUUCGUACUUAUAUCUUUUCUCACUCACAUUGGAGAUCGUACGGAUGGAGGUCAUUAUGUGUGCGAUGUUCGAUCACAAUUGAGAGAAAAGUGGUUGAAAUGUAAUGAUAAUGAGAUCAGCGUCGUACAUAAUCAGACUAGUUUCAAUGAUAGGCUUGCAAAUGCAUACAUUUAUUUUUUCCUGAAUGAGUAA